AUGCCGCGUCAACUACCUUGGGCGAAUAAAAGCGGCGGAAGCCGGACACAAGUGAAACCAGCGCCAUCGCGGCAAGCCACGAAAUCGCGCACUACAACUGCUAUAGAUGAUGAUUUCUUCGACGGCACGGUUCUGUCAAGCAGCAGAGGAAGAUCAAAUGAGUCCGACGACGACCUUCCUGGACUUCCAAUAGAAGAGUCAACUCCCCGGACUAAUGCCAGGACCAAAGAUGCACUGCGAAGCGAACGUGAAGGCUCAUCGUCGCCGCCUCCCAUUGAUGAUCUCGAGCAGCCACUUGUGGAAGGCAUGCAUAAAGGUGUGUCCAAGUUCGACCUGCGCGACGACGAGUGGAUGAUGGUUGAAGACGAGUUUCUGGAGACGGCAAAGCUGUUCACACGACACUUGCACAUCGCCGAAUACGAGAAGCUCAAGGCGACCAUUGAAGAGAAGAACAAAGAAGCGGCCGAGAUUGCAAGGCCAGUCGUUGCGAAUGCGAAGAGGUCAACUAGUGGCGCCAUGAAGGAGAAGGCCAAGGUUCAAGAGUUGAAACAGAAGAAGGCCAUUCGUGAUGUGCUUGCGUCGCAGGAAGAAGAUGACAAGGAAGGUCGGACCACGCUAUCAAGUCGAACCAACCUUGCGUCUUCGCUUCUGGCUUCACGAAACAACCCUACAGCUGAACCUAAGCCAACACCCGGCAAAUACACGACACAGGAUAGUGAUAGCGACGAUCUGGAUGCACCGCGCCUCUCAGCAAGACCAGCUUUCAAAGCCACCACCACGCCGACCCCAGUCAGAAAGAGCAGCACAGUGGGAGGGCAAAAUCCUGCCUCAUUUCCUGCACAUAAUCCAAGGCCGCUCAACCCUACCUUUGCUAAGCCCGCGCCACCUUCAGCCGCAGCAAAGUCUCGCUCAAGACUAAGGCGCGCAACACCCUUCGAUAUGCUCGACGACUGGUUACCUAAGAAGAGUAAAACGUUGCCAGAAUCUUCACCGGUCCAGCCUGCUAAGGCACCACACAUAUUGCGCACACCAACUCCUAGUCGGCAUUCACAGUCCUUUGCUUCCCCUGACAAUCGAGACGAUGGGAAAGCUGGACAAUCGACUACUUCGUUCGACGCAAAGGCAUCUACUAGGUACCAGGACCAUAGCAAAAACGAUAGCGGUGUAAGUAAGGAAACCACGGAUCGCCUUGCAAAGCGGAAAGCCGAGCGGGAGAAGGAGGAGAAAGAGAGGAAGCGGAAAGCUGCAAAAUUGGAUGACAUACCAACGUUUUUGUUUUAA